CGGGACCGCUCCCGUUUCCUUAGUCCGGUAAAUCUGGCUUCUUUUAACCGGUUGAAUAGUUUUUACGAUUACAUUUAAAUCAUCUACGUUCAUGUUUUGAACUGUGAAGGACGACUUUACUCUUUAAACUGAUCGAAGUGUAUUUGUCCACGUUUGUGUACAACAGGUUCCACCAGGUACACCAGGUCUUUUAAGAGAAAUGAACUCAUUUUUAAAGGAACGUGUCUCAGGGAAUGUGUCCUUUCCAUCUGUUAUACCCAUACCAACAGCUUCGGGUGAACCCAACACAAGUUGUCGUUUCAAUGAGGAGUUCAAAUAUAUCCUGCUACCUGUAUCAUACUCACUGGUGUGUUUCCUGGGACUGCUACUUAACUCCGUGGCAUUGUGGAUGUUUAUUACUAAGAUGCGGCCUUGGAACACCAGUACAGUGUAUAUGUUUCACCUGGCCAUGUCAGACACACUGUACGUGCUCUCCCUGCCUUUGCUCAUAUACUACUACGCGAACCGCAGUCACUGGCCGUUUGGUGUUUUCCUUUGUAAGGUUGCACGCUUUCUUUUCUAUGCAAACUUGUACUGCAGCAUCCUUUUCCUCACUUGCAUCAGUGUGCACCGUUACCUUGGCAUCUGUCACCCUAUUCGUUCUCUCACAAUGGUGAAGCCACGCCAUGCCCACCUGGUAUGUGUUGCGGUCUGGACAGCAGUGAUUAUCUGCCUGGUGCCCAAGCUGAUAUUCGUCACCACUUCUCAAAGAGAUAAUGACACUUUAUGUCAUGACACAAGCAGCCCGGCAAACUUUAACAAAUAUGUUACAUAUAACUCAGUGUUAAUGGUGAUACUGUUCAUUGUGCCCUUUCUGGUCAUUAUGGUUUGCUAUUGUCUAAUGGCACGGGCUCUUUGCCAACCCAGAAAAGGCCUUUCUCAAAGUCAACAGAGUGCCUCAAGCCGCAGGAAGUCCAUUAAACUGAUCAUAGUGGUGCUGGUCGUAUUUGCGAUCUGCUUUGUACCCUUUCACAUCACCCGCUCGAUGUACUAUGCUUACCGUGUUUUAGAUGCUGACUGCAAGUCUCUUAAUAUUGUCAACUUUGCUUAUAAAAUCACCCGCCCUCUUGCCAGCAUGAACAGCUGUUUGGACCCCAUACUCUAUUUCCUGGCGGGCGAUCACUACCGUUCGAAACUCAUCCGAGCGUUCACGAGACAGACACCCCAAAGCCGCUCCACUCCGUACUUGCACUCACCCCCCGAGAAAAACAUUGAAUUAGCCUUUAAAAACCCAGAUGCUAAAGCCAAUGAAGAUACUAAACUUUAGUGCUACACUCCCAGACAUGGAUUUUGGAAAAAAUGUUAAAGCACCGUUGGGGGUCUGCUUCAAAAUAUAAACACAUAACAGGACUCAUGUGUUUUUUGUCAAGGGGCAUAUCUUGUCAAGCCACAGAGACGAACAUCUGAAAUAAGUCAGGACACCAUAUUGUAAACACAUCAGUGUGGAUGAAAGUAAAGAAAUCUCUUUGGGAAGUGGAAGGGAUGUGGUUUGUUUUUCCAGCACAAACUCGUUUUUAUCACUGAACCAGUGAUGCAGUGGGAAGUGCAGGUCAUUUCUAAAAUAACUGAUGACCAAUUACUCCUUUAUUUACUAAGUUUGAUGAAAUGAUAAGGUACCGCAAACACCGAAAACAAUACCUGCUUCAAAUCUCAGAGAUGGACUUUGGCCUGUGACUGUUAGGACAACAAUGCUAACACAGUGCCCGUUUUAUGCUCUGUUAUGUCUAAAACUCUGUUAAUCUCAACCUCAGUUUUAUGAUGUUUCAUCAAAAAUAGAAAUGAUACUGCUAUCAACUAUAAAAUGUUAUUGUUUUAUUAACAGAUGUGAAUUAAACAGAAUAGUUUUAACUGGAAACAGUGACAAGGUAAAUGCCUGUAGGGGUGGCUGGAAAGUUUACCAGCACAGUUCUGCAGAUAUCCCCUCUUGACCACUUCCUUUGUACAACUGUUUUUUGCAUUUGGCAGAGGAGCUGUACAGCUGUGUGGCUUUACUUGUCUCUGUGUUAGUAACUGCAUUAUGGUGGGGUUGAAUGAAGAAAAAUAAUAGAUGAAAUCAGAUCCCUUUUGGCAUACAGUGCAGUGCAGUGCAGAGGGAUUUUCUUGACAUAACAUCUGUGGGAUCAUUUGUGUGUAUUUUUUAUUUUAAGAAAUAUUAUUUUAAAUGUGUUUUUUGUAAAUUUGUAACACAGGGCAAUAGUUUGUGAGUCUUUUACAACUUAAUUUACAUUGCCCACUUCUUAUGGCUGUGGGCUGUAUUUUCAGUCUACAGUAUCAGGGCCCUUCCUGGGUACAAAGAAAAUCAUGAUUACUUUUUAAUAAAGGAAGGUAUAUGUAACAGUACCAUUACUUUUUGCUUAUGAUGUCUAAACAUGUCAGAAACCAUGUCACAAUGACAAUAACAAUUUACUUAUAUAGCACAAUUAUUACGUCUGUUGACCAGUGUGCUUUCCAGAAAAUCAUCAAUGUUGAUGACUUGUAUUAUGUCCCCUGUGCAAUAUUUUUAUUUGCAAAAAUGCAGCUCAACAAUGUUUAUUAUUUCAUAGCAUAUUUUCAAUGUAUUAUUGACUACUCAAAACAAUAUUCAUCCCUAAAGCACUUAAAUUUAAGAAAAAAUAUUUAGAGUAUUUGUGCUGUUUUAGGGUUGUUGUUUUUUUUUUAACAUGCAACUUGAUCAAAAAACUCAGGCACAGGGUCUCUCAGUGGAAAGCUCAUAAUUUUGGUCAGUAGAUGUCCUCAGUGCUGUUUUCACAUCAUCUAAAUGAGCUCUGCCUGAAGGGGUAGAAUAUGAUAAAUAUAUCUGUUGGCUGCUUUUGUUAAGUGGGAGAAAAGAUGUGUUGUUGAGGUCAUGGAUAGUUUAAGAUAAACGGGACAGAAAGUCAUUGUAAGAUUUUCCAUCUUUUUUUCAAAAAGAUCAAUAAAAUCAUUCCAAAUGUUUUGAAACAAAUUGGUUAAAAGAACUCAACGCCUGGAGACUGAUAUACUGUAUAUAAUUAAAUAAUAUUACCAAAAUGUUUAUAUAAAUAUUUUAUU